ACCGUGGGGCGGGUGUGCGGCGGGGAGCGCCUGGGUAACCACGACUGGGUAAGCAACAGCCAUGGCCGGGGUUGUGGACUUCCAGGACGAAGAGCAGGUGAAGUCUUUUCUGCAGAAUAUGGAGGUGGAAUGCAACUACCAGUGCUACCGCGAGAAGGACCCAGACGGUUGCUAUCGUCUGGUGGACUAUUUAGAAGGGAUCCAGAAGAAUUUUGAUGAGGCUGCCAAGGUGAUGAAGUUCAACUGUGAAGAGAACCAGCACAGUGAUAGCUGCUACAAACUGGGGACCUAUUAUGUGACUGGGAAAGGUGGACUGACUCAGGACCUGAAAGCUGCUUCUAACUGCUUUUUGAUGGCCUGUAAGAAGCCAGGAAAGAAGUCUGUGGAGGCAUGUCACAAUGUUGGUCUCCUGGCACAUGAUGGACAGGUCAAUGAGGAUGGCCACCCUGACCUGGGAAAGGCCAGGGACUACUACACAAAGGCCUGUGAUGGCAGCUAUGCUGCCAGCUGCUUCAACCUCAGUGCCAUGUUCCUCCAGGGUGCCCCUGGCUUCCCCAAGGACAUGAACUUGGCGUGCAAGUACUCCAUGAGAGCCUGUGACCUGGGCCAUGUCUGGGCCUGCGCCAAUGCUAGCCGCAUGUACAGGUUGGGGGAUGGUGUUGAUAAGGAUGAGGCGAAGGCCGAGGUGCUAAAAAAUCGAGCCAAGCAGUUGCAUAAAGAACAGCAGAAAAGUGUCCACCCCUUAACAUUUGGGUAACGUGACCCACCCUCUGAGGCAACAAACAACUUGAGGCUAGUACCUCCUGUUUCUGAGAAUCGAUGCAGCCCUUGGAGGUCAACUUUUCUGGAGCAGAAAGACUUGGGACUUGCUGCUAGUUGCUCUUGUUACAUAGAACCAUUGCCCCAGAGUGUCACCUACUGGGAUGCAGCCUCCACGUUCAUUUCAGUCAGUAUUCCUUCAUCUGGGUGUGUUCUGUGAAGGCACCCGAAUUUAGGGAGUCUUAGCUCUCAAACUCCUGCAGCUCUUUGAAAAAUAGGAACAAGUUUGACGGCCAUAGACACUUGUGGAGGGGAAAAAAAAAA